AUGAUUACUAAAAAGCCACUCUUUUUUUUUUCUUUUCUUUCCCAACCCAAGAAUUUGUCCCUUUGUACAGCAGCUCUAAUGUACAUCCUGAGUAGAGAUCGUUUGAACAUGGAUUUAGACAGAGCUAGUCUAGAUCUGAUGAUACGGCUUUUGGAAUUGGAACAAGAUGCUUCUUCUGCCAAGCUGCUGAAUGAAAAAGACAUGAAUAAAAUUAAGGAAAAAAUUCGGAGACUGUGUGAAACUGUUCACAACAAACAUCUUGAUCUCGAAAACAUCACGACCGGGCAUUUGGCAAUGGAGACGUUACUGUCUCUCACCUCAAAACGAGCUGGGGACUGGUUCAAAGAAGAACUGCGACUUCUAGGUGGUCUUGAUCAUAUUGUAGAUAAAGUGAAAGAAUGUGUGGAUCACCUAAGCAGUGAUGAAAAUGAAGAGAAAUUGGUUGCUUCACUAUGGGGUGCAGAAAGAUGUUUACGGGUCUUAGAAAGUGUAACUGUGCAUAAUCCAGAAAAUCAGAGCUAUCUGAUAGCAUACAAAGACUCGCAACUCAUAGUCUCCUCAGCUAAAGCACUGCAGCAUUGUGAAGAGUUAAUCCAGCGAUAUAAUCGUGCUGAAGACAGUAUCUGUUUACCAGACAAUAAGCCUCUGCCUCACCAGAAUGUAACUAACCAUGUGGGUAAAGCAGUGGAAGACUGUAUGAGGGCCAUCAUUGGUGUCUUGCUCAACCUAACAAAUGAUAACGAAUGGGGUAGUACAAAAACAGGUGAACAAGAUGGUCUGAUAGGCACAGCUAUGAAUUGUGUGCUUCACGUUCCAAAGUUCCUACCUCAAGAACAGAGAUUUGAUAUUCGGGUGCUGGGAUUGGGUCUGUUGAUCAAUCUAGUAGAAUAUAGUGCUCGGAAUAGGCACUGUCUUGUCAAUAUGGAAACAUCAUGUUCUUUUGACUCAUUCUGUAUGGGAGAAGGAGAUGGCCUAAAGAUAACUGGACAGAUUGAUGCUGUUCAGGCUUUAGUGCAGCUAUUUCUUGAGCGUGAGCGAGCGGCACAGCUGGCCGAGAGCCAGACAGACGAAUUGAUUAAAGAAGCUCCGACUGCUCAGCAUGAUAAGAGUGGGGAAUGGCAAGAGACAAGUGGGGAGAUACAGUGGGUCUCCACAGAAAAGUCAGAUAGUACUGAAGAGAAAGAUAAGAAGGAGGAAGAUGAAGAAGAACUUGAUCUUAAUAAAGCUCUUCAGCAUGCUGGGAAGCACAUGGAAGACUGCAUUGUGGCCUCAUACACAGCAUUGCUUCUAGGCUGUCUCUGCCAAGAGAGUCCAAUCAAUGUGACUACUGUGAGAGAGUACUUACCUGAAGGAGACUUCUCAAUAAUGACUGAAAUGCUCAAAAAAUUUCUCAGUUUUAUGAAUCUUACUUGUGCUGUUGGAACAACAGGCCAGAAAUCUAUCUCUAGGGUGAUUGAAUACUUGGAACACUGCUAGAUACUUAACUUCCGCUGCAGGCACUCUAAUGCUGGAGCUACCCUUAGACAAAAGAAGAAGUCAUGAAAGAAGUCCUUGAAGGAUAUACCAAGAGCAUUCAUCUGUGUCAUUCGUGUUCGGAUUUUUAAGGCUACCUGGUCUCUUAACCAUGCAUUCAGCAUUUUCUAAAAGACAGUUACUACAUCAAUCUGCAACUAUCAAAAAUGAGGGGAAAAAGGUUCUGAGGAAAAUAAAUAAAGAAACCAUGCUGUCUAUGAUGCAGUGCAGUAUUUAAAUAUUUUUUGGCAGGGUUUACCCUCCCUAUCUUUUUUUCUUGCUUUGUUCGUGACAAGUUUCAAGGGGAAAAACUUGCUGCUGAUAGUGCAACUGCUGUUUACUGUUGAGCCACUGUUUCAUGCCAGCCAGGUGCAAAGGCAGCUUAGCUACUGAGGUAUCAAACAAAUGUUCUAAUAAAGAAGUUCUGGACAGCAGCAUCGCUCCUAUUUGAGUUUAAUUUGCUCUUGCUUUUUUAUUACUAGAUUAUUCCAAAAUCAUAAAAUAUAAAUUUUUAAAUACUUUUGUGAUUUUAACUACUGUCUAUAUUUAAAAUUUGUUGGAAUCCAAAGAGGCGAGGAUUGGAUAGUUUAUUUUUUAUACUGUUUUGAUUGAAAUUAGGUUGUUGAACUACUUCUCAGUUCUAAAACUGUCAUGGCCCAUGUACUGUAAACUGAUAGACCAUAACACUUUGUAGUUCCAAGAAGCAUGCAAACCCAUAACACACAAAGCCAUUUGAGGGUAUGUUAUCCACAAAAGAAAUAGUAACUGUAAAAAGUUGUGCCCUGUUUAAAA